AUGAAGUGCCAUUAUGAAGUGCUGGAAGUGGAGCGAGAUGCCGAUGAUGACACCAUCAAGAAGGCCUAUAAGAAGAUGGCGCUCAAAUGGCACCCCGACAAGAACCCGGAAAAGAUUGAGGAGUGCACCCAAGUUUUUGCCCUCCUUCAGCAGGCUUAUGAGGUGCUGAGUGAUCGCCACGAGCGUGAAUGGUAUGAUCGACAUCGGGAAAGUAUUUUGCGAGGAGGGUUCGACGAGCAUUACAAGGACGAAAGCUUGAACCUGUUCCCCUACUUUACAAGCAGCUGCUACAAGGGCUUCGGGAAGGAUGCAAAGGGAUUCUACACCACCUACUCACACGUCUUUGAAACGCUGGCGCAAGAGGACUACGAUUUUCUUGACGAUCAAGGGGUGCAAUACCCGCGAUUUGGCGAUGAAUGUAGUGACUACGAAUCUAUCGUCGGGCCGUUUUACGGGUUUUGGACUUCAUUCUCGACGGCGCGUUCGUUUGCUUGGCUCGAUGAGUACGACAUUAGACAAGCGCCGAAUCGGCCUACUAUGCGAGCUAUGGAAAAAGAGAACAAGAAGCUGCGAGAAGCCGGCAGGAAGCAGCGUAGCGAACAAAUCCGGGAACUCGCGGCUUUUGUACGCAAACGAGACCCUCGUGUCGCUAAGUACAAGACGGUGUUGGAGGAAAAGAAGAAGGAGAGUGAACUGAAAGCCGAGGAAAACCGGAGGAAUCAAAUCAAGAAACAGCUGGCUGAAGCCAAUAACUACGUGGAGAGUGACGAAGCAAGGACUGCACGUCUAGCCCAUCUCGAGGAAAUUGAGCAACAGCUAAAUGAGCAAUUCGGUGGCGAAAGUUCGCUGAGCGACGAGGAUGCCGAAGAUAAUGGUCUCUAUUGUGUUGUUUGUGAAAAAUCCUUCAAAACAAGAAACGCGAAACAAAACCACGAAAAAUCAAAGAACCAUCGACAAGCGUUGGCGGAAUUGAAGAAAUACAUGAAGGAAGAAGACUCCAAACUCUUUGCUGAUGACGACGAGGUUGAGCGAAAUUCCGAUUCUGAAGGCGAACCAGCCGAACUCUCGCAGCAGGCCAGCGGCAAGAAGAGUAAGCGCAGCAAAAAGAAUGCGAGAAGGGCCCGGAAGGAGCAAGCAGCUGAAGAGGAUAGUGAGAAUGAGGACUCGGCGGAGAAGCCUGUGGGAGAAUCUGUCGAAAAAGUGGCUGAAGAAAUGGAAACGUUGAUAAUCGUUGACGAGCCCGAGCCGCUCGAUCGAAAGAAAGCGGCGAAAGCUGAAAAGAAAGCAGCCGCCAAGAAUAAGCAAAUUCCGGCCCAACCCGAAGCCGAAGCUGGCGGCCCGAUCGAUCCGAAGCCGGCGAAGUGCGACAAAUGCGGCGAAUGGUUCGAAUCACGUUCCCGGCUCUUCGCGCAUCUGAAGGAGACCGGCCACGCCACGCUCAAGAUGCCCGGACAAGCAGCAGGGCAGAAAAAUAAGAAGGGAAAGCGC